UCACAAAUCAAAACUCUUUAGUCUCUUCCUUCCGAGUUAUCAUCAAAUUAACUCUCUUCACCAUUACCAGAAGUUAUAAUAGUUCAUAGCAAAAUGGAGCAAAAGAUGGUGAUGACUCUACUUGUGGUGGUUGUUGCUGUGAACUGGGCAGGAGCAGCCGCACAGUCGGACUGUACCAAUGUGCUGAUCAGCUUGUCACCAUGCCUCAAUUACAUCACAGGAAACUCCUCUACCCCGUCAUCAGCAUGCUGCACACAGCUUGCAAGUGUUGUCCGUUCGCAACCACUGUGCUUGUGCCAGGUCCUGAAUGGUGGUGGCUCGUCGCUUGGGAUGAAUAUCAACCAAACCCAGGCUCUCGCUCUGCCUCAAGCUUGCAAUGUUCAGACUCCUUCUGUCAGCAACUGCAAGGUUGAUUCUCCAGCAGGAGCACCAGAAUCUUCUAACAACGUUCCAUCAGGAACUGGAUCUAAGACUGUUCCAUCAACAGACAAUGACUCAUCAGAUGGAAGCUCCAUCCAUUCGUCAAAAUCUCUGCUGCUAUUCUCCAUCUUGUUGGCUUCUGCAUAUGCUUCAGCUUUCAAGUUGUACUGAUCUUCUUACCAGUGAACCUAUCUUCUACAAGUUUUGUUAUGCUCAGUUGAUCAUUUAUUGGGUUCUGAAUUUUUUUAGAGUGUCCAAUAUUUUGAGCAUCCCUUGUGUUGAGGGUGUUUUAUAUCUAUCUUCAUAUUCUCCCCAUAUGGCAUUUGUUUCCAAGAACCUUGUACUACAUCAGAGAUUCUUUUGAAUAAAAUACAUGAUUGUGUGCUUGUGAUA